AUGAGAAAUUUGAAAUAUCUUGUUGUUCCCUUCGUUUGUAAGUCUUCUUUGCUUUAAUUAUCCACUUACAAUCGAGAAGAAUCCUACACGAAGGUCUAUAGUAAUUAGAAAUAAUACAAGAUUGAACCAGAAACAAUAGUUUUUAGUGGUAAUUCUAAUACCAAAUUGGCAAGCGAGGUGGCAAAGUGUUUAGGUAUAUCCCUUGGGAAGGUGCUGCUCGAGAGAUUUGCGGAUGGGGAAUGCAACAUAUAAGUUUUAGAGAAUGUAAGAGGAAGAAAUGCAUUUAUAAUUCAAUCAACAUGUCCUCCGGUAAAUGAAAAUCUGGUUGAAUUAUUUUUGUUUAUAAGUGCAUUAAGAAGAGCAUCUGUAAAAACCAUUACAGUCAUCAUUCCUUAUUAUGGAUAUUCAAGAUAAGAUCACAAGUUAGCUAAAACUGAGUCGAUUGCAGCUGCAGAUAUCGCAAAAAUCUUGGAGCAAACUGGAAUAGAUCACCUGGUUUCAAUUGAUCUUCAUCGAGGAUAACUCUAAGGUGCUUUUUCUACUAGUGUUCCAGUGGAUAAUCUUUCGCCAUACAUAACACUCAUUUACGAGCUUAAUAACCACCCUUUAAAAUUAAGUCCACCAAACGAAUUGACUUUAGUUUCUCCUGAUUUUAAUGGUGUAUCAAGAGUAAAGAAAGUGUAAGAUGAAUUAAGAUAAGAAUUAAUUGGUAACAUAGAAUUGGCUAUGAUAUACAAGUCUAAACAUCCAGUUAGUGAGACAGAAAUAAGUCUAGUCGGAGAUGUGAAUGGAAAAAAUUGUUUGAUCGUCGAUGAUAUUAUAGAUUCAGGAAGGACACUAAAGAAUGCUGCGGAUAUCUUAAAAAGGGAAGGAGCCAAAACAGUAAUGGCAUAUGGAACACAUCCAGUAUUUUCAGGGAAAGCAGCCCUUAAUUUAGGAAUUUCAAAUUUAUCCAAGAUUUAUGUUACUGAUACCAUACAAGUAAAGGAUUUAGAUAAACAAAUUUUACAUGAAAAAUUGAGCGUUUUAAGUGUGGCUCCAUUGUUAGCUGAAACUAUAUACAGACUUUAAAAGAGAGAGAGUUUACAUGGGCUAUUGGGUGCACAUAAUUUAUGA